AAAGGUUUAUUUUCUUCUUUCGAAGAUGAUAACCAGGUAUCAAUUCAAGCGCAAAACACAGCCUCUGAAUUGAUGCAAGACCGUACGCAUUUACCUUCUCGAGGUUGCACCUGUUUUAUACAGAAAAUGUAGCGGAUCUCGUUUUUAUCCGCUAGAUUUAUCAUACGUUGAUUUAUCUAUAGGAUUUAAAUGACAUUUAUUUCAUAUCCUUGUCCUUUCCUCAUUCCAUUAAAAUAUUGUUCCGUUGUGGAUGCAAAGUAUUAAAUAUAACAAAAGAUCGUCUGUGCUAUAACCUUCUCUUAGUAUUCGGAUGAAUCCCCCUGAAAAUUCAGUCAUUGAAAUCGAUGCCUUCUCGUGUCCUACACGUCUGCAGCUGUGGUUCAUGUUGGGAACAUCCGAGGGUGGUUUUUUCAUGAAUAACAGUCCGAUUCCUAGGUUCAGCAAAGAGCUUUCGAGCUUGCUGAAUGAGGUGGUGCAACACAUUCAGAACCUGGAGAAUCUGCACCUGGACCAAGAUGCGUACUAUAUGUACGUGGAGAAGUACACGAAGCAGGCGAGCGAUGACAUCGAGAUGAUGCGAAUCAACUACUCCAUGCAAUAUCCGUCGCACAACGGCGACAUCUUCCUGGUCGCCACCAAAGCCCAGAAGCAACUGGGCAUAUGGUACGAGCAAAUCUUCCCCGGCAGGAAGUGCAUACUUACGGAUGCUUUGGUCGCGGCAGCCAGUUACGUCGUCGACGGACCUGCCAUGAGUCUGGGCGGCUCGUUCGGUUUCCACAACUUCCAACCGUAUCCCGGCAUCGUCGGCAUUCCCGUGAGGACGCCUCUGGCAGAGUUCAACUCACCCCUGUUCUCAUUUGCUGUCGGUAAAAAGUAGUUUAAAAUAAAAUACGACUCUACCAAUACCAUGUACCAAAUCCACACGAAAACACCCUGUAUAUAUUAAUGUAGCAUAGGCAACACAACAUUCGCAGUCCUGUGCAGUUACCUGUUAACAUAGCUAGUUGUCGGUAGAUGGCGGUAGUGUUUUCAUAAUAUGAUAGUAUACCACCAAACCAUUCGAUAUU